CUUGUACAGCCCAUAGCCCACUGAGCUCUCUAGGCCUCGUCUCUCUCUGUGGUAACGGUGCCCGAGGUGGCUGACGGGUCUGAAAAGAGUGGCGGGAGCCGCUGCCCUUCCUCCCCAACUUCCCGGGAGACAUCGCCGCUUUCCCCAGUGACGAAGCUGGGAAAGGCUCUCCGGUGUGCGGACCCCAUCGCAAAGGUUGAGAUCGUGGGCCGCGCCAGCAUUGGUGCGGAGUUUUAUUGUCGAACCUCAUCAGGUGUCACGUGAGCAAGUGUUGAUACCAGGCGCAUCGCUUGGGGCCGAAUGUGCUGUGGAAGAUGCCUCUCCUAACCCAACGGAUCCAAGAUGAGAAUGAUUACAGCUUAGUGGCCAGCCUUGACAACGUUAGGAAUCUCUCCACUAUCUUGAAGGCUAUUCACUUCCGAGAACAUGCUACAUGUUUCGCUACUAAAAAUGGAAUCAAGGUUACGGUAGAAAAUGCAAAGUGUGUGCAAGCAAAUGCUUUUAUUCAGGCCGGAAUAUUUCAAGAGUUUACAGUUCAGGAAGAGUCUGUUACUUUUCGAAUUAAUUUAACUGUCCUUUUAGACUGUUUAUCUAUUUUUGGAUCAAAUCCAAUGCCAGGAACUUUAACUGCACUUCGAAUGUGUUACCAGGGUUAUGGUUACCCUUUGAUGCUAUUUCUGGAAGAAGGAGGAGUGGUAACAGUCUGUAAAAUCAAUACUCAGGAGCCUGAGGAGACUCUAGAUUUUGAUUUCUGCAGCACCAAUGUUAUUAAUAAAAUUAUUCUGCAGUCAGAGGGGCUCCGUGAAGCAUUUUCUGAAUUGGAUAUGACGAGUGAGGUCCUACAGAUCACGAUGUCUCCUGACAAGCCUUAUUUCCGGUUAUCUACUUUUGGGAAUGCAGGAAGUUCCCACCUUGACUAUCCCAAAGAUUCUGAUUUGAUUGAAUUAUUUCAUUGUAAUCAGACCCAGGUCAACAGAUACAAGAUUUGUUUACUGAAACCCUCUACAAAGGCAUUAGUCCUGUCUUGUAAGGUAUCUAUUCGGACUGAUAACCGAGGAUUCCUCUCAUUGCAGUAUAUGAUUAGAAAUGAAGAUGGUCAGAUAUGUUUUGUGGAAUAUUAUUGCUGCCCUGAUGAAGAAAUUUGUGAAUCUGAGUCUUAAGUAUGAUAAUUCACUGUGAUAUUUGUUUAUACAUUCAUGAUAGGUCAUAUUCUCAUUCUGGGUAUAGUAUUCUUCACUACUUCUUACUGGAUUUUCUGAAGGGAAGAAGCAUGGAGGAGAUAGGCACAAAGUGCCUGUGCCAUAAUUGUUGUGGUGUAUUUUAUAUGUAAGAAAAAGCAGCAGCAUAUAGGCACUGCUUACUAGUUUGAAUUCUGGAGACUGUAUCUUAAAGUAGUGGUUCUCAAAGUGUUGUGCAACAGCAUCAGCAUCAUGUGGAAACUUGUCAGAAGCUCUGGAGGUGGGCCAGCAAUCUGUAGUUUAUAAAGCUUCACCCCAGGAAAUUCUGAUGCAUGCUAAAGUUUGAGAACCACUGCUCUAAAGGAGGCUUUUUAAAAAAAUAGCAUUUAAUUGCAUCAAAGUGAUUGUUUUUACAUGUGAUUUCUUCACUAAUGUUCUGAAGUCUUACCAUUGCCAAACAGGUCUGAAUAAUUAUGUAAUUUAUUUUUUAAAUACACAUUUAGAAGAAAUCUGUGAACAGGAUACAAGACAAUCUUUAGUUACAGAUUUUCCUCUUGUUCUCGAAACUGUUUAGUAUAAUAGCUACUGCAGUAAGUACUUAUUAGAUAUCUUCUAUUUGAUUAUAAGAGUUUCCCAUUCAAACUAAGGUGUAGAAAUCAGUUAAGUGAUUUUAUACUUUCUUGGGUAGUUUUCAGUGAAGUAAGUUUUAUGGCAUGUAGAUAUUUAAUAAAAUAUGACACUAAAA